AUGGCGGGCGACGAAGAUGAGUCGUCUGAGCGAUCCUGCAAGAAGUGCAAUUCAGCUGUAAAUAAUGAUAAUAGUGUAAUGUGUUCUGGUGAAUGCAAAUCAUAUUUUCAUAGUGAUUGUGUGCAACUAAAAAAAUCUGUCCUUAAUGUGUUAAAUUCAGUUAAGUCAGUUAAGUGGUUUUGUGAAUCUUGUGUUUUACUGGUAUCCGUAGCUGAUUCUCUAGAGGAUAAGUUAACCAGGAUGUUGGAUAACAAACUAAAAUCUGCGUUAGAAUCAUUUGAAGAUAAAAUAACAUCGAUAUUUUUAAAUACAACCAAUGUACAAAAAAGUGUCAUUGAAAAUCAGAUUGCUGCAAAAAACCCCACUGCAUUGUUUGCGACCGCGGUCAAACAAAACAUAAACAGCGAAAAUUCUAGUGUAAAUGUAAACAAUGCCAGUAUAUCGAAAUCUAAUAAAGUGUUUAAAAAUUCUUUAGUUAUUAAAUCCAAAGUAAAAAACUCUGAUGAACUUUACACUAGCUUAAAAUCGUUAGUUAAACCAUCAGAUCUUCCUGUGCCAGUGAACAGUAUUGUGAAAAAAAGUUCUGGUGUAAUAAUCAAUUGUGAAUCUGCUGAAUCUGUGAGUGAACUACAGAAGAAAUUAGGAGAGGUGUUGCCGGAUGAUUUUGAAAUGUCCUCUUCAAGUAAUGUUAACCCAAAAUUAAUUGCUUACAAUAUCAGUAAAGAUGAUAAUAUGGAAAAUAAUGAUGAAUUCGCAAAGUUAAUUAUCAAACAAAAUAAUAUUAAUACAAAUGUUAAUGACUUUAUGUUUAAAAUUGUAAGAAAGAUUAAUUACAAGCAAGGAUGCAAAACUGUUGCAAGAUCAGGGCAUACGUGCGUGAAAUGUGGCAUAGUUACUCAUUUUGCGUGCUCAAAACGAGCUAAAUACUGCUGUGGUCUAUUACUGAAUGCGGAAGAAGACGCUGAAGUUGAAGAGGUUUCUACUGAAAAUUACAAGCUUCUGAAACUUCUGGUGAGUGAACUACGUCAGAACAAUAAGUUAUUACUCGAAAACAAUAAGCUAUUGUAUGAGAAAAUUGAUUAUUUAAAAAUCAAAUUAUCCGAGAAAGAAAAAUCUGAGGUUAGAGAGCCUAAAAAAACAUACUCCAAUGCAAUAAAUGCGGGAACAAAGACUUCGGAGCCUUGUGGUGGCAAGACUGGAACCAGUAAGUCAUCUGUCAAAGAAAAUGAAAUUGAGGUUAGAAAUAAUGAAAACAAAUCAACAAAUAGUAACCAAAAAACUCAAGUACUACAAUCUUACCAGCAACAUAAAAUGAACGAGAUAAUAAACUUGGCAAAUGCGGAAGGAAAUCAGCACAAUUAUAAAAUUAAACAAAAGAUAAAAAUAGGCACCGCUGAAACUAGUCAUGGAACAUCUUUUACAGGUCGUCUAAACACGGAUAAAAAAGCCUGGUUAUUCAUUUCUCGAGUCAAAGAUUCUGUAUCAGAUGAUGAUAUCAAGAAACAUAUUAGCAGCAAGACAAAAUGUAACGAAAGUGAUAUAGUAGUGAAGUGUAUAAAUACGAAAUAUGAAAAAAAGGACAGUAAAUGUUUCCAAGUAGGAGUCAACUUUGCACUGAAGGAUCAAUUAUAUGAAACAAAUUUUUGGCCGGUAGGAGUAGCCUUUAGAAGAUACCGAAUCAAUUUUUUAGACAACCAAACCAAACAGAGCCCACCAAAAGUCAAUCAAGCAGAAGUAAGCCAAUAA